AUGAGAGUCCAAGGCUCUGUUCCUGAUAUUGCUCGUAAACCCAGGAAUGUUUUAAGGAGUACCGGUAUACUGUGCCAGUAUAGCACCAUCAUUCUCAAAGCCGCAGACAGUACAUUCAGCUCGACCCUUGGUGCUGGCACCGAUGUCACUCAUACCGAUAUGGAGACUGCAGACGAAGGAAUCACCUGGAUCAUCGCCAAGAUCGCCAUCCCACCUAUGAUAACCGAUUCUGGGACUUCCGCUGAAGUUGUACCCGCAGCUGUCGCAUCUUCUUCCGUUGCUAGCGCUUCCCACGCUGCAGUUAGCGUUUCGACCUCUCUUUGCUUGUCGCUACUGCCCCAAGUGUCGUAUACACCUCUGUCGCAUCCCAAGAAUCUUUUGCGUCGGUUCAAUCAACUGCCAGUGGUUUCUCCCGUGGUGGAAAGGGAUAUGGUCGUGGCCACUGGGGUGUAA